GGCGUCAGACUCUGAGACGAAACGUCGACGCGGCGUUGCCAAGGCGACGUGUCCCUUCUCGGGUUUUGAAAGUUUGAUGGCGAUGAGGGACGAGGUGCUGGUGAAGGUGCGAGACGUGGAGCAGCUCCUGCAGCACGGUCGGGAGACACACACGUGUCCUUACUACAGCACGAGGAUGGCCAUACCAGCAGCACAGGUGGUGGUGUUGCCGUAUCAGUCGCUGCUCCAUGCUUCCACCCGCAAAGCAUCCGGGAUCAAACUAAAGGAUCAGAUUGUGAUUAUAGAUGAGGCUCAUAAUCUGACUGACACCAUCUCAGCUAUACACAGCACAGAAAUCAGUGGAGCACAG